GUGCAAAAGAUCAACCAGGACCGCGCGAUUGCGAUGUGGCCGUUUGCGGGCGACAACGCGUGCUUCGUGGGAGGCGUCUUUGACGGGCACGGGAGGGUGGGGGAGGUGGUGUCGCAGUACGUGAUCAACACCCUGCCGGGCGUGCUCUCCGCGCACGCCUCGCUCGCCACCGACCCGGGGGAGGCGCUGCGCUCCGCCUUCUGCGAGGUUGACCGCUCGCUCGCGGAGCACUGCGACGCGUCCGUCUCCGGGACGACGGCCGUGUGCAGCAUCGUGCGCGGGAACCACAUCUGGCUGGCCAACUCGGGCGACUCGCGCGCGAUCAUCUGCCGGCAGGCGCCAAAGUCGAACCGCCUCGUCGCGGUCGACAUCACCUUCGACCAGAAGCCAGACACGCCCGCAGAGAUGCAGCGGAUACUGGCCUGCGGCGGGCAUGUCACUCCCGCCGGCGCGAACGGGUCGCCCUCGCGCGUGUGGCACAACCUGCGCGGGCUGGCGAUGGCCCGCUCCAUCGGCGACCACGCCGCCGCCACCGUCGGCGUCAUCGCCGAGCCCGAGAUCACCGAGCACGAGAUUACCGACGCGGACAUUUGCAUGGUGAUCGCGUCGGACGGCGUCUGGGAGCUGGUCGAGUCGCAGGAGGUUGCGGACCUGGUCUCUGAGGUGACGGACCUCGACCCGGCCGAGAUCUGCCGGAGCAUUGUCCACAAGGCGACCCACAUGUGGAAGGUCGAGGAGGGCGACUACCGCGACGACAUCACCGUCGUCGUGCUC